AUGUUUAGCUUUACGGUUACGAGAAUAUGUGCAGCUGGUUGGACUCCCUUACAUAUUGCCGCUUCGGCAGGCCGUGAUGAAAUUGUGAAAGCCCUCAUUGCCAAGGGUGCCCACGUUAAUGCUGUCAAUCAGAACGGCUGUACGCCCCUGCAUUAUGCAGCCUCCAAAAACAAGCAGGAGAUUGCAAUUAUGCUUCUAGAGAAUGGAGCUGAUCCAGAUGCAACAGAUCAUUUUGAAUCCACCCCGUUACACAGAGCAGCAGCCAAAGGAAACCUAAAAAUGGUACAGAUCCUUCUGCAGCACAAUGCGUCUGUUAAUAUACAGGACUCUGAAGGGAAUACUCCUCUUCAUUUAGCCUGUGAUGAAGAGAGAGUGGAGGAGGCAAAGCUGCUGGUGUCUCACGGUGCAAGUAUUCUUAUUGAGAAUAAAGAAGAACUGACCCCCCUGAAAGUGGCAAAAGGUGGCCUGGGAGCCAUACUUAAAAGAAUGGUGGAAGGCUAGCGGGGACUGCUGACUUGACUCACUUUGCAGUUGCACUUGUAUUUAAGACUGCAAACUUCGUGUUUUGAUAACUCAGCUAGGAUGUCCUGUGUGGCAUCAGCAUGGUAAAAAAAUGUGUAUCUCUAGCUUUCCUGCAAGUACCGUGCCAAAACAACCGUUUGUACUUCCUG